AUGGAGUUAGCAGAGUUUAGUUAUACUAUAUCGUAUCGUCCUGGAAGCGAUAAUGUUGUCCCUGAUGCACUCACACGUGCUUUUUGUGCUACAACCCAGUCUCAAACAAACCUAAGUGGUAUACAUAGCUGUCUAUGUCACCCAGGGGUUACUCGUAUGCUUCACUUUGUUAAAUCUAAAAAUUUAUCUUUUUCUACAGAAGAGGUCAAGAGAGUUUGUUCUAACUGCCAGAUUUGUUCAGAAUUAAAACCAAAGUUUUAUCGAUCCUCAAAUGUCUUCAUUGAUGAACAUUCUCGGUAUCCAUUUGCUUUCCCAUGUCCUGAUAUUAGUUCAACAACUGUUGUGAAGUGUUUAGAUCAAAUAUUCUCCUUUUGUGGUUUUCCAAAGUACAUUCAUUCCGACAGAGGCUUAUCUUUCAUACCUAAUGAAUUAAAAUCUUACCUUACUCAGUAA